CGUCGUCGUCGUCGUCGUCGUCGUCGUCGUCGUCGUUGUUAUUGUUGUCUUCGUCGUCGUGGUGAAAAGUUUGUUCGUCGGUGAGAAAAAAGAUUGAAAGAUAUAGAUAUAGAAAGAGGAAAGGGAAAAGAGAAGGAAAGUAGAGUAGUGUCGUGUAUGUGUGUGGGUGUUGUACAAUCGUGCCGAGGGACGUGCGCGACAACGACGUUUUGAAUUUCGCGCGCGCUUUUCUACGGCGCGCGUCACGUGGCAAGAGAUCGGCCGUUACGUUUUUCUCUUGUUUUUCUCGCGUUUUUCUCUUGUUUUUCUUUUCUUUUCUUUUUUUUCUCUCUUUCUUUCCGUGAACCCUGUGUGUGUGUACUUAUUACGGUUAAGAAGAACGUAAGAGGGGUCGCGUUGAACGUUCGAUGCUGACGAAUCGUGUUCUGAGGAGAAGAAGAAGAAGAAGAAGAAGAAGAAGAAGAAGAAGAAGACGAAGAAGAAGAAGAGGAGGAGGAGGAGGAAGAGGAGGAGCUCGUGAGGAAGUAGAAGAAGAAGAAGAAGAAGAAGAAGAAGAGUGUUCUCCCCUCUACCGGGCACGACACUCACGACGGUUCUUCCAAGCGUCGCGACGAUAAUAAACGUCGGGAAAGAGAUAAAGCUAAGGAGAGGAAGAGAGACAGACAGACAGACGAAGAGAGAAAGAGAGAGAGAGAAUCUAGAGUGCGCCAGCGCCAGUCCACCCUCUUUCUCUCGCCUUCUUCUUCGCCAACCACGUCGACGCGUAGGUAAAUGAGAGUUCAAGGUCAACCGAGCGGUACUCGACCUAACCUCCUUCGUCGUCGUCGUACGAAAUCGGGAACCACGAGGACCGUUCGUCGUUCCCCACCGCGUACUCCCUCCCUCUCGAGGAAGAGGAGGAGGAGGAGGAGGAGGAGAAGGAUAGAAGAGGAAUACACUUUUCUCGUGACACACGCGUAGUGGCUCGAAAAGCUACGACGAGCGUCGUUGAAACGAAGUUAGUAGGGAGGUAGUAGAAACGGAGAAAGAGACUCUGAGAGAAAGAGAGAGAGAGAGAGAGAGAGAGAGAGAGAGAGAGAGAGAGAGAGAGAGAGAGAGAGAGACUGUCACGCUAUUUCGGGAACGCGCGAUCUAAAGUGCGUCGAGAUAUACGUUGAACGUAAAUAAAUAUACGUGCUCGUCGAGCUCUUCCACCGGCUCGCGUUCUCUUCCCUUGGAGAAACAGAGAGAGAGAGAAUCCUCGCCGGCGGUCGUACGUGCUACCCUCCGAAAGAGAGAGUGAGAGUGAGAGUAAGAGAGAGAGAGAGAGAGAGAGAGAGAGAGAGAGAGGGACGUUUCCAUCUCUUUCUUCCUCCGUGUUUUCUCGUUCUCCUCUCUUCUUUUUUCUGGAAGGAAUCUGGAAGUUCUCCGAAAAGUAAACGAAGAGAGAAAAGUAGGAGGAGAGGAGAGGAGAGGAGGAGGUGGAGGAGGAGGAGGAGGAGCAGCAGUGCGUGGGGGGCGAACGCCGAGUUGAAUGCCGAGUUGGAAAGUAGGAAGGGUAGUAGGAACGAAUUUGAGGUGUUUUCGACGCGGUUACGUUGAAAAGUACUGGCAACCAAAUGCGCGUACCGCAAAUCCUGUUUCAUGUUCAUGUUCUGGAGCAAACGGACGGUGCUCACUAGACGUCUCCUAAAGGCGAAGGUCCGUGGGGAGCAUGAAACCGAGUGUGAAGCUCAAGAGGAUUCGUCACGUAUUCAUCGCACAAUCGACACGACCGGCGCCGGAAACGACACGAGCGGCAACGUGACGACUACGGCAGCGGCGGGCCAAACGAGCAGAGGAGCGCGCGGAGCGUCGUCGGGUGGAAGAGGAAGAGGAGGAGGUGGGGGAGGAGUUGGGGGAGGAGCUGGAGGUGAAAGAGAAAGAGAAAGAGGAGCUCGAACGUCGGCCAGCACGUCGAGCAGAUUGCAUCAAGGUUGUUGCGGUGGGGAUCAGAGUUACGACGAUGACGAGGACCCGAGUCGAUUGCUGAGGUGCAAGGAGCUCCUCAAAACUCUCAAGGAGAAUCAGCUGGAGAUGUUAUUGACCGCGAUAGAGAGCUGCGGCGCCGAUCUCGGCUCGUGCGUCCUCGUGCCGAGGCAACGGCCGAACUUACGCGGUAGCAGCGAUUCCGACAGCGAGGUGGACGCCGAUCAACGGCAACGUCGAUCGGAGAAUCAACAGGACCAGCGAUAUCGUCGACCCAACCAAACGUCCUCGGCUAACCACCGUCACCAACAUCACUUUCAUCACCUACAUCACCAUCGCCAUCAUAACUUGCGAUACCAUCGAAGACGUCGCCGUUCGUCUCCCGAGGACGAGAACAAGGACGAGGAGCAGCAACGACAACAGGAGCAACAGCAACAGCGACACAGCAGCAGCAGCAGCAGCUCGCCCGAGGAGCCUUCCUCGUCGAGAAGGAGAUACUCCGUCAACAGGGUACCCGUCAGAGGCUCGCUCGAGAACGCAUCGAUGGACCCUCACGUGCUUUGCUGUCAAAUCUGGCGAUGGCCGGAUCUCGUACCUUCGGACGAACUCAAAAGGCUUCCCGUUUGCCAUUCCGCUAAGGAUCCUGUCUACGUCUGCUGUAAUCCCUAUCAUUGGAGCCGGCUCUGCAAACCCGAGUCGCCGCCACCCCCGUAUUGCCUUAUCGCAGACAGGCUGAGACCAGAAGAUCGUGCGCCAAGCGAAGGGGAUCAACGUCGGUGCAAAAGCAGCACGCCCCUGCCACUUCCCGGCUCUCUUACCACCAACGGAGAAGGGGAGACCGAGCAAAGGGAAUGGUGCACGUUGGCAUAUUGGGAACUGGGUGGCCGUGUUGGUCGUCUUUAUCCCGUGGAACCGUUAACGGUGAACGUCUUCGAUUCUUUGCACGACGGCGAUGGUCUCUGUUUGGCGACGUUAGCCGAGAAUCACGUAGCAUCGCCCUCGGUACAAAAGACCCGUAGCAAGAUCGGUCUCGGUAUCAUGCUGAGCCAAGAAGCCGAUGGCGUGUGGGCGUACAACAGAUCGGAGAGUCCGAUCUUCGUGAACUCACCGACCUUAGACGACCCGGAAUCGCGUACGCUCUUGGUCUACCGAGUGCCACCGGGCUUUUGCUUGAACAUAUUCGACCGAGCCAAAGUCAUCCAGCUUCCAUCUUAUACAGGAAGCGGGAAUUCAAGGAUUAGUAGUAACAACCACAACAGCAACGGCAAUGGCAACAAUAAUGCGGCUUCCGCUUUCUCGUCCGGCCCCGUCGACAUUAACUCCGUCCGCAUCAGCUUCGCCAAAGGCUGGGGACCGAAAUACUCCAGACAGGAAGUUACUUCUUGUCCCUGCUGGCUCGAAGUUCUCCUAGCACCGUGUAGGUGAUCCGCGAGUGAGGAUCAUGCGACGAUAACGCAUAGUUCGCGGAUCUUCUUCUCAGUCUGUUUCUUCCUACUCCUCGUCCUCGGUUUUAUGCCUGGUCGGAAUUAUUAAUUAACGAAAAAGAAGAAGAAGAAGAAGAAGAAGAAGGAGAAGAAGGAGAACGUUAAUUACCGUCAUUAUACGUUUCUACGUGUUCCACCAACGAAACAGAACAUUUUUUUAAAUGAACGAGAACGAGGAACGAGAGGUAAUCAACGAUUCAGGACCAGAGGACAUCUUCUUUCUACAUGGAUCUGUAUUUCUAUCGAGCGAUCUGUCAAGUUCGUUUGUGGUGUCCGGUGCUGUACAUAUGCGAUGGUGUGUACAUACACUGUGCCUUCUCAGCUUCCUUUCUGGUGCUGCGCAUGCAAACCAUCCCUAGGAAAGAGUUCAAGAGUCGCAGAAUACUGCGUAUCCUGAUACUCGAGUUUUUAUACAAAGGAAACACGCCUUUCCGGCGAGAGAGAGAGAGAGAGAGAGAGAGAGAGAGAGAGAGAGAGAGAGAGAGAGAGAGAGAGAGAGAGAGAGAGAGAGUUUCGUACUACAGUAAUACUUAUGUACUAUGAUAAGAGUUCACCGCAUCGUUUUUCUUCACUGCGAUCCGCGUGUCUUCUUCCUUACUAUCGUAAGAAAAGCAAAAAAUCAACGAAGAAACUAAACUACCCUCUGCCCACCCACCCCCAUAGGAUGAACCGAUGAACGCUCAAAGAUUAACAAGAAAACGUCAUUCUUUUUGCAAGAUAUUCGAAUUUCUACUUCGUGAGGACACACACACACACACACACGCGCGCACGCGAUUGACGGACAGGGACAGGGACAAAGCAAAGACAGAGAGCGAUAUACGUUCUCGUAGUGUCGCGUUAUGUAUGUGUCGACCUAUUAGAUGUAAUCUUGCGUAGAGAAUGAAGAAAAAAAAAAACAUUUAACAAAAAAAAGGAAAAAAAAAAUGCAAAAAAAUAAACAAACCAGAAUAAA